AUGACAACUUGGAGAAAAAUAACUGAGAAUGUAUUGAAUAAGGCAGAAACUAAUAGAACUUUAGCUUCAUAUUAUAGAGACCAUAAGGAUAAGUAUAUGUGUUCUAAUUGUUAUAACAUGAUUGUAGUAAAUAGAACAAUUGUUUUUAAGGAACACAUUAUAGAAUAUAAGAGGGAAUUAAAAAGGCAUAGAAAGAAUGAUAGCCUUUCUAUGUCUGAAAGUAUUUCUUUAUUAAUUAACAUUAUCAUUGAAAGAGAAAUUAUAGGAAAUGUUCCAUCUAUUGUUUCAUUUUUCAAGUUUCAAUCUAUUGUUAAAGGCAAGAAUGAGCAAUUAAGUUUUUUUUUUGAUGAAAUCAAAGCAAUGACUUGUUUGGAAAAAAAAAAUGAUACUGAACGAAAAGUACUUGAUCGUUUUUUAGCAUAUCAAUGUUAUUUGAUGUGCUGGAAUCAAAGCAUGAUCAUUCUGCUUUGGAACUUAAAAGAUGAAAAAUAUGAAAAAGAAUUAGCAAUUUACAGUUUUAAACAGUUGCGAAUAGAGAUGGUGACUAAGGAUUUCAGACUAAGUAGUUUCUUUAAUUCAAUCUAUAAUGCAUCACUUUCUAAAAAUAAUAGAAGUGAUAAAUAUUUAGAAAAAUUAGAUAAAAAAUUAGUAAUGAAAUGUUAUAUUAUUUGUAGUAAUCAAAAUUUUAAAUUAACAAUAUUUAAGAAAGAUAUUUUACUUUUUGUAGAUUUGAUGAGGAUUUUGAUAAAUGCUAUAGAUGUCUUAUCACAUGCUAGCAUAAUGAUUUCACAAAGGCAUUUUGAUAGAAAGAAGACAACUAUUACUAAUAAUCAUUUGUUUAAGAUUAAUUCAUAUCUAGAAAGUAAGAAAAAUAAUACCUUAGUGCUUAAAAUUGAUGAUUAUCAUAAUAUCUAUACUGAAUAA